AUGUUUUCAGAUGAAGACGACAACCCAGUAGACGACUCAGUGAUGGCCGCUCGUUCGGUGUCCGGACCCGGACUGCAACGGCGACGAGGAGCAAUCAAACAUGCCCGAGUUCAUGAGAUUCGUGGUCAUCAGUUCGUUGCGACCUUUUUCCGGCAACCGACAUUCUGUUCGUUGUGCUCCGAUUUUAUGUGGGGUCUGAACAAGCAAGGCUAUCAAUGUCAGUUGUGCUCGACGGCAGUACACAAAAAGUGCCACGAGAAGAUCAUCAUGCACUGCCCCGGCUCGGCGAAAAACACCAAAGAGACCAUAGCACUGAAAGAGCGAUUCAAAGUUGAUAUUCCGCAUCGGUUCAAGACCUACAACUACAAGAGUCCGACAUUCUGUGACCACUGCGGUUCAAUGCUUUACGGAUUAUUCAAACAGGGACUGCGAUGCGAAGUUUGUAAUGUGAACUGCCAUCAUAAGUGCGAAAAGUUGAUGUCGAAUUUGUGUGGAGUAAAUCAGAAGCAAUUGUCGGAGGCACUCUACGAGAUCAAGCGAGGCACGGCUGCCAGUUCCAGUUGUCCACCUGCUAUUGGCAAUUUGCAUCUCGGCAAUGGCGAUUCGAAACAUGCGAACGGAAGUCUGCCCAAUAAGUUGAAGAACUUCUUCAAGACGCAGCAGUACAGUAUGGAGAACCAUGCCGAGCAUGACGAGUAUAUGAACAAUAUCUGGACAGGUGGUGAGGGUCCGGUGAAGAAAUUUGGUUUACAGCAUUUCACCUUGAUGAAAGUACUUGGAAAAGGCAGUUUCGGAAAGGUGAUGUUGGUGGAACUGAAAGGUAAAAACGAAUUUUAUGCAAUGAAAUGUCUGAAAAAAGACGUGAUCCUGGAGGACGACGACACAGAAUGCACGUAUAUCGAGCGACGGGUUCUGAUUCUGGCCAGUCAAUGUCCAUUCCUUUGCCAGCUCUUCUGCUCCUUCCAAACCAAUGAAUACCUGUUCUUUGUGAUGGCUAUCUCUAAUCGGCGAGACUCUAAUCGCAGUCCACAGUCCAGCAAAGAUCUGAAACUGGACAAUAUUCUCUUGGAUUCGGAAGGGCAUGUGAAAUUAGCCGAUUUUGGCAUGGCGAAGACGGAAAUGAAUCGCGAAAAUGGAAUGGCAUCGACUUUCUGUGGAACCCCCGACUACAUCAGCCCUGAGAUCAUCAAAGGACAACUUUACAACGAAGCCGUCGAUUUCUGGUCAUUCGGAGUCCUGAUGUACGAGAUGUUAGUUGGACAGUCACCAUUCCAUGGUGAAGGCGAAGACGAGCUGUUCGAUUCCAUUCUUAACGAACGACCAUACUUUCCGAAGACCAUCUCCAAAGAAGCUGCCAAGUGCUUGAGUGCUCUAUUCGAUCGUAAUCCGAACACACGACUGGGAAUGCCCGAGUGCCCGGACGGCCCCAUUAGGCAACAUUCCUUCUUCCGCGGUGUUGAUUGGAAGCGAUUUGAGACUCGACAAGUCCCUCCGCCAUUCAAGCCAAAUAUUAAAUCCACCUCAGACGCGUCGAAUUUCGACGACGACUUCACGAACGAGAAGGCGGCGCUGACGCCAGUGCACGACAAGUCCCUGCUGGCCUCCAUCGAUCCAGAGGCGUUCUUGAACUUCUCCUACACCAAUCCGCAGUUCCUCUGA